UCAGAUAAAAGAUGACGAAGGAGAAGAAAGGAUCUGCUCCUACCCCCACCAAGGGUAAAGGAGGAGGGAAGGGUUCAGGAAAGGAUAUUGAUCUCAAGGAUUGUCCUCUGGAGUUUAAACAGUUCUCAGUUGAAAAUCCUAAAUACCUGAGUAUUCUGAAGGAGGGGGAGAACAUAGGUUUAGAAGAUUUGGACAGUUUGCAGUUCGAACUAGAGGCUCUGCUUAGUAAAGCUGUGGUAAGAACUAAGAAGAUUAGAUUUUAGAAUUUUCAAUAAGUU